UGAUAACCCUGACAGGUGCAUUCCACAGGUUGAUAAACCGUUGACCCAGCAUGGUGCAGAGCACUGGCUGGUAGACUGAGUAUCUUCUCACUGUCGUCACGACUCUCUCUGGAGAAGAGUAUAUUAAGGAAUGCAGUAGUGCCACUUGACUGCAGUGUCCAAGGAGUCUUAAAACGGGAAGGAGACUCUAUGAUUCCUGGCAGCUUGUAGAGCAGUGGAGGCUAAAUUAGACCUGCUUUCAUUGACUUUCAAUCCCUUGAGUCUCAACACCUUUCAGCCCAGAGCAGAGGUACUUCCUCAGAGCUUCUCCUGCUGACACAUUGGAGACAGGUGCUGAGUGCUGCUGAGUGUUUCUGCGUGUGUGGGCCCCAGGGGCCUGCUUCAACAUUCCACUGAUAGCUUGAUAGACACUGUCCUUUGGGGAGAAAAAGGAGGGGGGAAAUGUUGCACCAGUCCUCACAGAAAAAGAACUAAGGGUCGCUCUGCCUUGCUGUGUUCUGCCUGCCUGCCUGAGAAUGGUCCAGCCGGUGCCUGAGGGUCUGCUGUCGCGGCCUGUCUGAAUACACGCAUAAACAUACAGAGCCAGUCGAGGCGCGGAAGCACACACACAGUAACUGGAGAGCAAUGUGAGAGAGGAAGUGCCUUCCCUGAUGUCUGCUGCAGCUUUGACCUGCUUCUACAGCUGAAGCUCCACCCUCCCCCCUGCCUCGCUCGCUUGCUGCCACAGUAACACGAGUACAAGGACAGCAACCACACCCUCCUUGCUGCCUACGCUCUGACCCGGUCGUCCCUCCUCUACCAUCAUCAUCCACUCCACGCAGCUGGGUUCCAGUCUCAGUGCUCUUCAUCAGACGACCCUGCUGCCGAAAGCUCACUAUCAGCUGACCAGCCUUACCACUGCAGCCCAGCACACCUCCAGGCCCACACAGCAUUUCACCUACCUUGCCUUUCACCUUCGCCUUCAACCCUCGGAGCCUCCACUCAGUCCUCAGUGUCCUUAACCUUCCUGAAGCAGAUUACAGACUGUCACCUUGGUUGCCUGCUUCACUGCUCCUAACCAGAGGGCUCUCAGUUUGGCCUGUUUAUCUUUUUGCCACCUUUGCUUGGGAAUGUAAUAGAUGAGACUGUCAUGUAAGCAAUAAACAGUGAGUAAGAGAAAAAUCAAACCAAGAGAGACAGCUGAUUGGGCUAAGAAUUCUUCUGGAUAUAAUCACUUUACCAGCUGUCUUUUGGGAAAUGACCCAUUAACAUCCACAACAAAAGAAGUCCUGUAACAUUUCACUUUGGAAAAAGAGCCCUUUCAAUCAAUAGGAACUUUUCUUUUUGUAUGAUUUUUAUUAUUAUUAUUAUUAUUUCACCUAACAACACCAAAUACAUUUUUUUCUAAAGUUGAUCUUAAAGUUGUGGAUUAAAACACUAGAGGUACUUUAUUUGUGGUUGAACAUAUUUCUGUUAGGAGUAUUUUUGCUAGCGUGUUGCUAUGGCAGUGAACAUAGCACAUAUCCGUGACACAAAGUGGCUGACACUGGAAGUAUGCAGGGAGUUCCAGAGGGGCACGUGCUCGCGCUCUGACCAGGAGUGCAAGUUUGCUCAUCCAGCCAAGAGCUGCCAGGUGGACAACGGACGGGUGAUUGCCUGCUUCGACUCACUUAAGGGUCGUUGUUCCAGGGAGAACUGCAAGUACCUGCACCCUCCUCCUCAUCUAAAGACACAGCUGGAGAUCAAUGGCAGGAACAAUCUGAUCCAGCAAAAGAAUAUGGCCAUGCUGGCCCAGCAAAUGCAGCUUGCCAAUGCCAUGAUGCCUGGCACGCAGCUACCACCUAUGGUGAGAGGACACACACGUAUGAACACACCACAGCUACUGUCCAUGCCCAUGUUCUCGGUGACACCAGGCCUGGCUACCAACGCCAGUGCAGCAGCAGCUGCUGCAGCUGCAGCCUUUAAUCCUUACCUAAGUCCUGUGUCACCGAGCCUGAUGCCUCCAGAGAUCCUGCCCAGCACCCCUGUCCUAAUGGCCUCCAGCCCUGCCGUCAGCCAAGUUCCCAACGCUGCCGCUGCUGCAGCUCAGAAACUGCUGAGAACAGACAGACUUGAGGUGUGUAGGGAAUAUCAGAGAGGAAACUGCGCUCGGGGGGAGAGCGACUGUCGCUUUGCUCACCCCGCAGACAGCACCAUGAUUGACACCAAUGACAACACCGUCACUGUAUGCAUGGACUACAUCAAGGGUCGAUGCUCCAGGGAAAAGUGCAAGUACUUCCACCCGCCAGCCCAUCUGCAAGCCAAAAUUAAGGCUACCCAGCAUCAGGUGAACCAGGCAACAGCCGCCGCGGCCAUGACUCAGUCGGCUGUCAAAUCACUGAAGCGACCCCUCGACGCAACCUUUGACCUGGGCAUUGCCCCUAGUGUCAUGGCUCCCCUCCCAAAGCGGGCAGCCCUGGAGAAGGCCAACGGGGCCUCUGCCGUAUUUAAUACCGGCAUGCUCCAGUACCAACAGGCCCUGGCCAGCAUGCAGUUUCAGCAGCAGGCUGCUUUCCUCCCAUCAGGCUCAAUAUUGUGCAUGACACCUGCAGCCAGCGUUGUUCCCAUGAUGCAUGGUGGUACUCCAGCCACUGUGUCUGCAGCCACCACAUCUGCCACAAGCGUUCCCUUCGCAACUGCCUCCACCAAUCAGGACUCUUCCUUAUCAAAGUUGACUACCAACGAAUACAUGCAAUUGAUUCCAAUAAUAUCUGCAGAUCAUCUGAGUAGUCACAAGUACUUGACUCAAAUGUAGUUCCUUUCAAGAACAAUCAAAUGAAUGUGUGCUGGCACCGUCCAAGCCAAAAGAGUUCAGCCUUUAUGUACAUAACCUUCAGAAUGUCAAGCAAUGGGACAAGGAGGGUCUGUCAUCUCUUUCCUGAUCCACAACGAUGGUCUCGUCACAUGUGUAAAUGUCAAAGGGUACAACACACGAUCUGUGCCAUCUUUCCACAUAUCAAUAUUAAGAAAAAUUUGCUGUCAAAUUCAACAUCCAGCUGAGAGAAAAGGAUGCCUUGGUGCCAGGGUCAGUGGAAAGCGUUCACACAAUACCUCUGUGUCUAAUUAAACCAUGGCACUCAGUUAUCAUCAUUACUGCUUGCACAGAAGGUCAAGAGCGUUGUUACAUGAGACAACAUCAGUGCUGGUACGUUAGAAGACCAAGAUUUUUCUUUCUUUUGUUUUUUUUUUUUCUUUCUUUUUUUUCUUCUUUGUUCUGCUUCAUGUUUUAAUUGAUAGCCAUAUUUCAUAGUUUACAAGUGAAAUGAAACCAUGCACCUUGAAUUUUAAUUAAGAUCUUAAAGGCACAAUGAUUUUCACUGAGAUUUUAUUCGCCAAAUGCAUUAGGCAUGUACAGUAUUGUGUUUUUAUGGCUACUAGUGAAACUAGAUGUUGAAAUGAGGGUCUUGGACAUAUGAAUGUUCUGGGUAAACCAACAUACCUGUGUACCUUGAAAGUACAGCCUGGCUAGCUUUUUUCACCUUGUCAAGUGCCAUCAAGGCCAGACAGCUAAAACCAGAGUGUUAUCUCAGCAGUGUUAUUUGUUUACCGAAGGUAAAAGUUUUGUUUUUGUUUUUCUUUUUUUGUAUUGUUUUCAUUCAGAAUCUUCAUUGUAAGUGUUUUUUUUUUCUUAUUCUUUUUUUAUUAAUUAGUUUUAGAUGUUGGGUUUUCUCCAAUUUAAUUUCUUUGAUAUUUAAGUUUGUGUUUUUGUUUUGUAAUCAAACGUGGGCAGGUCUUUUAAAAGAAAAUUGCCAUGCUUGGUUUCAUGAACUGGUUGUUCUUAUUGUCAGGAUUAAGUUUGUUAAUUAACUUGAAAGCCUGGUAAAGUAGAAAAUGUAUUUUCAAUUGGCAUUGUGUUACCUUGUUGCCCUCCUUUGAAAGAGGAGCAGCUUUAAAAUUAUGUCUCCAAAAAACAAAUAAUAAUAAAAAAAAUUUUAAAAAAAUAACACUGUUGGGAACUUUAAAGAACAGACCUAAAUGUCUGUUAGGUCAUUUAAACCACAUGUGCACUUGAAUGAUUAUCUAUCUGGUCAUCCGUGUUUUGUUUUAUUUUUAUUUUUUUUAACCCAUCCAUUAAGUCUAAUUUUUUGCUGAGAUACAAGAUGUUAAAUUUUUUUACUUAUAUUUCAAGCAAAAACUGAAAGUUUUCAUCACCUUGUAGAUCUAACUACAGAAACCAAAGCACAGUUUUUCACUCAGUCUUAUUCACAGAUGGCUAUUGAAACAUCUCUGGCAGGCUUAAACAAUUAAGGAAACAUGUUUACCAUAUUUUAUUCAUCUGUGGUUUGUGAUUAUUUACGUUUUAUGUUAUCACAAACGUGUGUCUUGUAUUUGUACCGAUUGUUAUGUACCUAACAAGGCCUUAGCUUACAAUUAAAGAGUCAGUGCCCAAUCCAAUGUCCUUUCAAUCACCAUGCAGGAAAAAAACACCAAUGAUUUUUUAUAGUUCUCACAUGCCGCUUUAUUAUCUUUUUUGUUUGUUUUGUUUUUUCUCUGUAAAAGAAACAAUUACUCUCUUAAAUUUCAUUGAACUUAUGUGUUAUGUACUACUUAAAGAUUUGAAUCUAUUUGAGGUAUGUAGUUUUAGAUUUUUCUCUUUUUUUUUGCCUUAUUAUAUUAUUACUUGACAACAUUGAUAUAGCUGUUGUAGAUUUUAAGAUAGUAUGACAUUCAUAACUUUUUCAAACUAUAUAAAGAAUAAUCUGUUAGAUAUUCACUUCAUUCAUAUAGCUGGAGGUCCUUCUCAGUUGAUGUUACAUUUUCAUUUUAUUGAUGGAAAACUCCUUGAUACAAGGAGCGAGAUUGAUUCAUCUCUGAGUAGAGGAAACAAAAAACUGUUUUAACCAACUUAAAAUUUUCCUUGUAACAUGUCAGCGUCAUGUUUGAAAAUAUUAUAAUGAAAAAUAGACUGUCCAUGUUUUAGAGUAAAGAUUAUUUUCUACUGUAUCCAUUUCAAAGAUAUAUUUACUUUUGUUGGAAUAUUUCUUAAGUUUGCCCUGAAUGUCAGGCCAAAACAAGCAGUGAGAUUGAUGUUGUUGUUUGGUGAGAUUUGGAGGGAGAAAGCAAAUGCUCUUCCACUGUGGAGGAGUCAGAAAUGCUGCAGAUAGUGAGUUCUAACCUUGGGGAGGAAGGUUGACUUUUUGCACUUCUGUAUAUAGUCAAAUGAACAGAGAAAAAAAUGUGUAUCAUAUUGAGAUAUUAUUUUGAAUAAAAAAAGAUCUAUAAUUAUAAGGAAUUUUCUUAGAUUAAUUUAAAUUCUUAAAUUAGAAAACCAGCUAAAAUUUGCUUGCAAAGAAGGGCACUAGUUUCUUGGCCAAUGCAUUCAGAGAAAGCUAUGCGCUUUUUGUCUUAUUUUAUAGGUGGCUCACGAUGCCAGAGAAUGUUGCAGGGGAGUAGAUAUCCCCAAUGUCAUGCUAAACUCAUGCCUCUCAUAGGACGACAUAUCCAACAGUGUUCCUCUAUCAUUUGUUGGACUUGGCCAUGCAGUAUUGCUGCUCCCAUGGUACAGUUGAUGAAUAAAUCUAUUUAAAAAAUGUAUUCUAUUAUAUUUUGAUUUGACUGCAUGUAAAAGUACAGUACAACCAUGUAGACAAAAGAAACUGCAUAGAUAUGUAAGGAAAGAUAACACCUUCAGACAUCAGAAUACAAAAUACUUGUUUCUUUUAAAUUAUGCAUACAGUAGAUAACAUCCACAGUGGGCAGAAAUAAUGUUUUAAAAAAGUCAUCUUACUCGUGUUUCCAAGCAAAUGUGUUAUUUAAAAAAAAAGAAAUAACAUAUUAGCACUCAUCACCCCGAAUAUUUUGUCAUAGAAAGAGGAUUACAGUAGACACUGACUCACAAGCAGUUGUUCCUGCUUUCAGAGCUGUGCACUCAGCAGGUGAAAGCUCAUCACACCAAAAGCAUAUUUGGCAAAUUAGUCUUUAAAAUGAAUGUAACAGUCACCGUCAUUGUGCUUCUGACUUAAGGCUGCUUCAUUUAGUUGCUACAGAACCAAAGCACCAUUUUCUCCAAAUCAGUCUUCUGGCUGCAAAUGAGAUCUCUCUUCCCUGCUGGGUGCACAUGUACGCUUUGACUUGCUUUUUACUUGUAAGAGCACCCACCAGUUAUGUAUUUGCUAACAUGUGCCACACAACAAUAUACUGUUCUGUCUUCAGAUUUGUUUAUGCACAUUUUAUUGUUGCCAUUAUUGACUCUUGCUGUAUGGAUUUUAAAAAAGAACAAAAAAAAAAUCUGAAUAAAACAAUGUUUGAUUUGCUCAUGCAA